AUGACUCCUUCGGACUGCCCCGAUUGCACCCUCCUUCAAUUCCUCGUGCUCUGGCUCCUUCACACGGGUCCUUUCUGGAUCUUCCUCCUCAUCAUUCUUACCUGGAUGGUCUAUGCCAUCGGUUCUUGCAAAGAAGAACAAGAUAAAGAAAAUGAUGUUGACUUCACAAGAUGGCUUGAGCCUCGCAUUAAAACCGCUACGGAUGUGACCAUCUACCUCGUCCUCCAUCUCGUCCUACUCGCCAUGCAGUUGGUAGAGGGCUACUGGAUUCUUCGCGCCUGGGCCCGAAUGGCCACGGACUACUGGGACUGGAGGUUAAAGAAUUGUCAAUGGGCGCAGCAAUUCGCGCGGUUUGUUAUGCUGGUGGUCCUUGCUCUGGUUCUUGUGUUGUUGCUCUUUGUUGGGUUUUUUAUGGUGAUAGUGGCUGUUCGGUCUGCUAAUGAUCUUCGGCAUUGGGAGUCGCGAUCGAUGCAGAGGCGGGAGAAGAGGGAGAAGAUGAAGAAGAUGGAACAGUGCUAG